GUCACGUCGUUCGGGAGCGUCCGCGACGACUCCACCAUCUCUCUGAAGAGCUCCACGGCCUUCUCGCCGUGCCCGUUUCGUGCGUAAGCUCCGACCAUGGCCGUCCAGCAGAAGACGCUCUUGUCGGAGAUGCCGUCGAAGGCGAGCUUGGCUUCGUCCACUCGGCCGCACUUGGCGUACAUGUUGACGGUGGCUGUGCCGAGAACAACAUCCAAGCCCGAGGAGCUCCGAGUGCUGAGGAUUCGACGGUGGACUCUCCGGCCUUCCGCGAGAGCUCCCAGGCAAGCACAGGCUCCAAGGACCGCGGCGUGCGUCACGUCGUCGGGUCUCAAGCCUUCCAGGUCCAUUUCCUUCAACGAUCCCAAGGGCACGCUCGGCAAGCAUCUCGCCCGGCGCCUGGUCGAGGUCGGGGUGAGGGACGUGUUCUCGGUCCCCGGGGAUUUCAAUCUCAUCCUCCUCGACUAUCUCAUAGCCGACCCGGGGCUCAACGUGGUUGGGUGCUGCAACGAGCUCAAUGCUGGCUAUGCCGCGGAUGGCUACGCCCGGAUCAAUGGCGUGGGCUGCUGCGUCGUCACCUUCACCGUUGGUGGCCUCAGCGUGAUCAACGCCAUCGCGGGAGCCUACAGCGAGAAUCUGCCAGUGAUAUGUGUCGUCGGCGGCCCCAACUCCAACGAUUUCGGGACCAACCGGAUUCUCCACCACACCAUUGGUAUUCCGGAUUUUAGCCAGGAGUUUCGAUGCUUCCAGCAAGUGACUUGCGCACAGGCUGUAGUUCAACACAUUGACGAUGCACACGAACUCAUCGACUACGCCAUCGCCACUGCUCUCAAAGAAAGCAAGCCAGUUUAUAUCAGCAUAAGUUGUAACCUUCCAGCCAUUCCACACGCGUCCUUCAACAGGGAGCCUGUUCCCUACGCACUACACAAGAGGCAAAGCAAUCCCGCGAGUUUGGAGGCAGCUAUAGAGGCAACGGCCGAGGUUCUAAACGCAGCAGUUAAGCCAGUUCUUGUCGGAGGUCCUAAGCUGCGAGUAGCCAAAGCCGGAGCAGCAUUUGAGGAGCUUGCGAAUGCCUCCGGCUACGCGUUGGCUUCGAUGCCUUCCGCCAAAGGCCAGGUCUCAGAGACCCACGAGCAUUACAUUGGAACUUACUGGGGGGCCGUCAGCACUCCUUUCUGCUUGGAAAUCGUGGAGUCGGCCGACUGCUACUUAUUUGCAGGGCCAAUCUUCAAUGACUACAGCUCAGUCGGGUAUUCGCUUCUCUUCAAAAAGGAAAAGGCCGUGAUUGUGCAGCCGGACCGGGUCACAAUUGCAAACGGUGUCGCGUUUGGCUGCUGCUUGAUGAAGGACUUCCUUGAAGGCCUGGCAAAGAAAGUAAAGAGGAACACAACGGCUUUUGACAACUUCAAGCGGAUCUACAUUCCUGGGGGGAUCGUUCCGAAAGCCAUUCCUGGCGAACCACUCAGAGUUAACGUGCUCUUCAAGCACAUCCAGGACAUGCUUAACGAGAACACAGCCGUGAUUGCCGAGACCGGAGACUCGUGGUUUAACUGCCAGAAAUUGAAGCUUCCACAGGGAUGUGGCUACGAGUUUCAAAUGCAAUAUGGAUCGAUAGGCUGGUCAGUGGGUGCGACUUUGGGAUACGCGCAAGCUGUUCCCAACAAGCGUGUCAUUGCGUGCAUUGGUGAUGGAAGUUUCCAGGUGACAGCGCAGGACGUUUCAACCAUGAUCAGGCAAGAGCAAAAGAGCAUCAUCUUCCUCAUUAACAACGGAGGAUACACCAUCGAAGUCGAAAUCCACGACGGGCCGUACAACGUGAUCAAGAACUGGAACUACACCGGCCUGGUAGACGCCAUCCACAAUGGCGAAGGAAAAUCCUGGACGUGCAAGGUGAAAACCGAAGAGGAUCUCCUGGAAGCAAUCAAGCAGGCCACCGGCGACAAGAAAGACUGCUUUUGCUUCAUCGAAUGCAUUUGUCACAAGGACGACACGAGCAGAGAGCUCCUCGAGUGGGGGUCCCGAGUGUCCGCAGCAAAUGGAAGGGCACCAAAUCCACAAUAAGGUUCACGAGGUUGGAAUGAGAAUGAAAUUUUUCGCAAGUGUUUACGCUCACAAGCGAAGAGCAAAUUUCUUUGUUCUUGAACCAAACAGAUGCAGAUGAUACUUGGGUGCUCCAGUUAUGUAAAAUCUGGCUUUGAUCCAAUGGGAGAUACAAAACUUUUAUAA